UUGACCCAACACCUUCUCCUUCUCCUUCUCCGCACGCCUAAGACCCGUCAAAAAUUCUCUCUUUCUUCCCUCUUUCUUUCUCUUCUUUAUUUCCCUUUUCCUUGCCAAAAUGGCAAUGCACUUGCAAAUUCUAUAAAACCUGAUUGACUAUUUUAUUUUUUUGGAUUAUUUUUUCCUUUUAUCUUGCCUAACAAACACGUCCUACUCGAAUUUAUUUUAUUUUUGUAAGCAUAAGAAAUUAAGAAAUAAUUCAACAAAUAAAAAAAAAAAAAUAACUGACCUUGUUCCCCUUUGGAUCCGCUGCAUUCAUAUCCAUUGUUAUAGAGAUAAUAGAGAGGAAACAAAGUUGUGGUUUGCAGCAUUAUCCUUCUUCUUUGUAGAUCAUUUCCAGGUAAAGUCCAGAAAUUUGAAUUCAAUUUCUAUCAGGGAGUUGUAAUUUCCUGGAAGCUGUUCGUGUUUCUGUGCAUCAUCUGUGUUGGUUGUUAGAAUCAAUAAAACAAACCCCAUAUAUAGCUUUUUGGAUUUCCACUGCUGCAUGUGGGCUGUGAGCUCUUUUCGAGCUUCACAAGCUGUAAUCUAUGGGGGAGUGGGUCAUUGGAGCUUUUAUCAAUCUCUUUGGCAGCAUUGCCAUCAAUUUUGGGACUAACCUUCUUAAAUUGGGUCAUACUGAGAGAGAAAGGCAUUCUACAUUAGACAAUGAUGGAGCAAGUGGGAAGAGUCAUUUGAAGCCCAUUAUACACUUCCAAACUUGGAGAAUUGGUAUUAUAUUUUUCUUUCUUGGAAAUUGUCUUAAUUUCAUUUCCUUUGGAUAUGCUGCGCAGUCACUUCUUGCAGCCUUGGGAUCGGUUCAGUUUGUAUCCAACAUUGCGUUUGCUUACUUCGUCUUGCACAAAAUGGUGACUGUUAAAGUCCUUGUUGCUACGGCCUUUAUUGUGCUGGGGAAUGUUUUUCUUGUUGCCUUUGGCAACCAUCAGUCUCCUGUAUAUACACCAGAGCAAUUGGCGGAGAAAUACAGCAACAUGACAUUCCUUCUUUACUGUAUGAUUUUGAUCUUAGUUGUUGCCUUGCAUCAUUAUCUUUACAGGAGAGGAGAAAUUUUGGCUGCUAUUUCUGGACAAGACCUUAGACCUUAUUGGCAGAUGCUUCUUCCUUUUUCAUAUGCUGUAGUUUCUGGUGCUGUAGGAUCAUGUUCAGUGCUCUUCGCAAAAUCUUUAUCUAAUCUGUUAAGGUUGGCCAUGUCUAAUGGCUAUCAGUUGCACAGCUGGUUCACAUACUCCAUGCUUCUUUUAUUUCUUAGUACAGCUGGAUUUUGGAUGACGAGGUUGAACGAAGGAUUAUCGCUGUUUGAUGCAAUUGUUAUUGUUCCUAUGUUUCAGAUAGUUUGGACUUUCUUCUCCAUUUGUACAGGAUUUGUAUACUUUCAGGAAUAUCAGGUAUUUGAUGCACUUAGGACUACAAUGUUCAUACUAGGAAUGAUGUGUGUCUUCAUUGGCAUUUCUUUGCUGGCACCUGAUGAACCAAGAGGUGGCGAGGGCAAAGAUAAUGCAUCUUUAGUCUCAGUUGUCUCUUCAAGUGUUUCAAGCGAAUCAGACAGGCUAAUUAAACCUGCUGAAGAUGCACAAAAUAAAGACCCAAGAACACUUGUGCAAGGAACAAUGGCGAAAGUCAUGGAGUUGAUAGCCAAAGCAAAGGCUGCUUGUUCUAUAUCACUAGGUUUCGGAGAGGACUCUAUCAAUGCAUCUGCAGUUCUUGUGAUGCCAAUGGUUUCGUCAAAGAUGACAGGCUUCAGAGGAAGUGUGUUCGACCGGCCUAAGAUUUUCUCCCUUAAAAAUUCUGGUUGGAGCAAGAUCUCAAUGGAUGAAGAUGGUGUAAAAGUGCUAGACUCAAACCCAGUGCUUCCUCAAAGCCUUUGAUAGUAGUAGUAGCCAGCAAUGAAUGUCACAAAAUGUUCCCUUAUUCAAAUUGGCUUUUGUUUAUAGCAUUAAAAUUGAUUAGGAUUUGACUGAUUUGUUAUGCUACCAUUCUUGUAGUUUUUUGAAACACCACCCACCAUAUUGUAUAUUCUUAGCUCACUUGAUUGAUUCAAAGGAAUGGAAAUACUUAUUUUA